GGGGCGGGGCGCGCGGCCGGGAGGUUGGGCGCGCAGGGCGGCGGCAGUGUAGACUGCACCAUGUCGUACCCUGGCGCGGGCGGCGGGUACUACCCAGGCGGGUACGGAGGGGCUCCUGGAGGGCCAACAUUUCCCGGACAAACCCAGGAUCCGCUGUAUGGUUACUUUGCAGCUGUAGCUGGACAGGAUGGGCAAAUAGAUGCUGAUGAACUGCAGAGAUGUCUGACACAGUCUGGCAUUGCAGGUGGAUACAAACCUUUUAACCUGGAGACUUGUCGGCUUAUGGUUUCAAUGCUGGAUAGAGAUAUGUCUGGCACAAUGGGUUUCAAUGAAUUUAAAGAACUCUGGUCUGUACUGAAUGGCUGGAGACAACACUUCAUCAGUUUUGACAGCGAUAGGAGUGGAACAGUGGAUCCUCAAGAAUUGCAGAAGGCCCUGACAACUUCAGGAUUUAGGUUGAGUCCCCAGGCUGUGAAUUCAAUUGCAAAACGAUACAGCACAAAUGGAAAGAUUACCUUCGAUGACUACAUUGCCUGCUGUGUCAAACUGAGGGCUCUCACAGACAGCUUUCGAAGACGGGAUACUUCUCAGCAAGGUGUUGUGAAUUUCCCAUAUGAUGAUUUCAUUCAGUGUGUCAUGAGUGUUUAAAUCAAGAAGCUGCGUGAAUAUAAUCGACAUUCCAACUGGAGUUCUUCACCCUUACUUUGCCUUCAGUAAUGUGUGUAAACUUGCAUUGCCACUUUCCCUUAACAGCUAGUGUAAAGGUUUAUUACUUUAUGUACUGAAAUUUUGUUUUUAGUUUUGAUAAUAAAUUCUUUGGAACUUUAAUAAUAUAAAAUCAAUGGUCUUUUACACCAUUUAGAACUUCCUUGAGCCAUGAUCAAUCAAUCAUGCCUCAUUUUCUUGCUAACCCUAUUUUAUGUAAAUUUAAGUAUGCAAAAUGUUUAAGGCACAUUAUUUUUGACUAUGAGAUACUAAUAGAAACUUUGAAUCAGACUACAGCUGUUAUAUUUUGUCUCUUGGAGGGGUUUAAUGUGGUAUUAAAGGUUUUAUGUGUCAAGUAUCCUUAUACAAAUGAUUUAGACUCACUUAGAUGAAAAAAAUUGGUAAUCUCUGUCAGGCUUCACCUUAGUAGAAAUUUAGCACAAGCUUUAAGACUUACAGGUAUUUUAAUGGCCUUAUGAAUGAAUAAGGGAAUGCAAAUAAUUAUUUUCUGCCUCUUUAAAAGUCUAUUGAAUAAUUUGAGUGGCAGAUAACUGUCACCGAGGCCCUCUUUGUCACCAUCCAUUUAAAUCUUUAUACUUACAAAUUUUGUACAUUAUAAACUUAACUAUAUAAAAACGAUUAGUAAGAAAAGACUAAGGGAAUAUAUAAAAUAUUAACUAUGGUUAUUUUUGGCUAAUGGUAUUCUAGGUGACUUUAAUUGCCUUCUAUAUAUUUCAGUAUUUUCCAAAUUUUCUUUAAUGUGUAUGUUUUCCUUUUAAAAUUAAGAUGUUAAUUUUAAAAAUAUUGAUACAUUUUGAUAUGCCAUAUGUUCACAAAUUUUAAAAUAUACACAUCAGGAAGACCGGAAAGAGUGUACCAAAAUGUUGAUGUAGCUACCACUGGGAGUCAGGAUCAUGAGUCCAUUUUCUCCCUUCCUACUACUUUUCCAAAUAUCCUUUCAUAAGGCAGGGAUUACAUUUGUAAUGAAAAAAUUUUUAAAAAGUUUAAGCCAUGGGUUUUCCAGUAAGGUCUGGAUUCUAAUGCUGACUGUGACCCCGAAUAUAUGGUUUGGUCAUUGUGGAUAACCACAAGAGUCUCAGUGUCUCCAUCUUUGAAAAGGAGAUGAUACCUCUUGGGGUAGUUCUGAAUUUGAAAAAGUGUGUCGAUAUGACAAGCACCAAAAAUGUUUCAAAACUGGCCUGUUUUUUUUUGUUUUGUUUUUACAGAGUUUAACAGAUAAAAUUAGUCUGUUUUCUCCUUGCUAGCAGAGUGUCUUCCUUAUUCUAGGGCACAAUGUGAGUUUUACCAUUCAUCUGAACAAUUAGUUGUCAACCAAUGAAAAUAAAACAUUUUUAGCCUCAUUUCACUAAUAUACUUUUUUUCAAAUAUUGCUAAAAUAUUCAAUAUUUAUUCAACGCUAACAUAUAAUUAUGUAGCUAUGCCCAGGUUACGUAUCAGCAUGUGAAGCAGCCUGCUGUAUAUUACACUGUGACUCUAGGUUUCAUACCUGUAUAUUGUCUGUGAGGCCACAAAGCUUUGCUUGAGCCUGAGCUGUCCAGAAGUGGACCCACAAGGGGCUCAGAGGAUCAGGUAGCAGAGAGCUCACCUUCAGAGUCCCAGCACCUGCUAUUCGUUUCAACACACCAGGAUCCUCUGAGGAAAUCAUAAUUUAAGGAAAUGGCAAUUUCUUGCAUGAGGGUAAGUGGUAGGGAAGAAGGCCCUUGCUGACCCAAGGUUAUGGGUCAUAUUUGAACCAUCCUAAUGCUCUGGUAAGUCCCAAGGUGUGCUGCAUCAGUCAUCGUUCUGAAUUUGCUUUUGGGUAAGUGCUAAAGUAUUAUGACAAAACCAUGCCUCUCAAAUCAUUCAGUUAAUUCAAUUUAAUUAUUGAGCCCUUGGAAGAAACCUCCCUACCUCCUCCACUUCUGCUUUCAGUUUCUUUCCAAAAGCAUGAAGCAUAGUCUUCAGUAGGUUCCAGCAAUUAGUUUCCUUCCCCUUGACAAAUUUAACGUACCCAUCCCCUUUAAUUACAGCCAAAGUCUUCCUUACAAGUGAAUCUCAUGUUGCCUUAUUUCUAUUUCAUGCCAGGUUCUGUGUUUCAUUCAUCGUAUACUUCUAGUGCAGCCUUGCUGGCUACUUUAAAACUGUUUCCUGGUCUGUUUAUUUUUUCUUAAAGAUUCUAGUUGGAGCAUGGUAAAGCUGUGAGCUCAAACUUGAAUACUUCAGUGAUUUAUAACACAUUUCAUGGGCUUCUGUAGGAAUGUGGCUGCUAGAGGCCUGGUGCUUCCUGGGGACAGCUGGCAUAUGUUUGUAUCACAACAGUCCUAUUAAAGUUCUCCCCCCUAUUGAGCCAAAUUGGAGUUUAGACUGUACUUCAGCGCAUGUUCCAGGGGUGGGUACCAUCAGUCCAUGAGAUGUCACGUGAACUAAAACGUCUGCUGUGAACUAGACUUUGCUUUGGCACAACUGAGUGUACUCCUAUUUCAGUGUUCAUUUAAGUCAAUUAUAUGCCUAAAAUCUUAUAAAUACAAGAAAUGGAGCUAUAUGUAAUCACUAUAAGCUUUUUAAAUCUCAUAAUAAAUGUACAAACCUGUUGUCAA